AUGUUGCGUGUACCUACUCGACGGGGCGUUGUUUGUACAUCAGCACCGGCUGCUAGCAAUGAUGUGGUGACCCUGGGGCAGGUGGCAGAGGCCGUGGAACUCCUGAAGGAAGUGCAUUGCAAGUACGAUGAGCUGCAUCGCGAGCAUGAUGCCAAGCUGAGCCGUUUUCAGAGGACCAUUGACAAGAUCGGCCGUAAAUGUACGUCAGAAUCGUGAUCACGACCCACUAGACAUUCGUCUCUUUUUCUCGGGGAUUGAAAAUAAUCUAUCUCGGCAUUCGCCUGCUUUCGUUUGGGCCUCGCCUCGUGAGCGCCUACGAGCAAAGUCAUUCCGCAGGCUUUCCGCCAUCUCUUGCGUGCGGAGUGAAAAUUCUCCACUUCUUGUCGUAGCUCCAUGGCCAGACAAACGAUCACUACACAAUCGGUAAUUACUCGGCUCAUAUCAUAUCGGGUCCCGCCUCUCUCCAUCGUGGAAUCUUAUCACUCACCCACGUAUUUUCUGCGCUCUAACCGUGUCGCUUGAAAGUUGCCUCUGAUGGUGUUAAAACGUGGUUCUCGACCGGACGUCGUAAUUUGACUUGUUUGGUGGAACAUGGCCACGUUGACUAGUCGAUUUGUCUUUGUGUACGAGUAUUGUGAUGGUUUGUCUGAUGAGUGUUUGCUUGUCCCGGUGAAGUGGGCUCUUACUUGUGUGCCCAAACGCUUGGUGCCGUUUUCGUGUUUUCACGUCUCGAUACCCGACCUGUUCUGGCGUAGUUGCACAACCAAUCAAUCGGCUGAGCUUUCUCCUUCGCAUUUACGCUGGAGACCCUCGUGCCGCCUAAAUGCAUGCGUACCGUGCCCCUUCUUUCCUGUUUAUGGUUGGGAAUCGAUGGCAUCAGUGGAGACUGUGAGUGACGGCCCGCCCCAGGACGAACUGCGAGAGACCUUGGCACUCCACGACGAGCUGCUUCGCGAACUUGGUCCUGAAAACCGGUAGUUAGAGGAUGAACGUCCAGAACAACGAAACUAACGGGCUUUUUUGCAGCGUGCCGGUGGCCUUCUCCGCUCGAGAUCAGCCGACUAUCAAGCCAUCGCUGGAGCUUCGUCCCUUCGGCUGUGUGUUUUUCUACGACGACCCCAGUACCACGAGAAUCGAUAGAUGUCGACGUCAAGGAGCUGUUUUCAGGAGGUUUUUCCACUUGACUUUGUGCAGCACGUUUCAUGCUCAUGAACUUGAAUCAAGCGCCGAGGAACGUUGGGCGACGAGCCUAGGCCUUGGCGAUGAGGGACUGAAGAUAUCCGAGGAGGUUGGUUGUUUUGUCUUGCUCGCGCAUGCCGUGUCUGUGGUGGACGGCGUGGUUUUACGGGAUUGGCGACGGGCAGGCUGCAAUUUUUUUGUCGCGUUGCUUCAAGGGAUUGGCGAUGGGCAGGCUGCAAACAUGGUGUCGUUAAUUGUGCUUUCCUUGAUUUACCCAACGCGGUGGUUACUUCCCUCGAAUCGGGGGAGUGGGUGGCUCUUCCCGAGUAAAAAUGACACCUUCUUGGUAUUGGCUACAGUCGGGCACGUUUGGGUUUCCCCGGCCCCGGUAUAUGUAUAGGUAUCCCAUCCCGCAGUCCGCAGUCAAUGCAUCCACCGGACAUCAUCGCGGGGAUAGUAUCUUCUUCCUCGUAAUUUAGAUUCGUGCAAACGAACUCAAAAUGGCAAGGGCGAGUUCCAAAAAAAACAUGGAACUGCUUACGUGGAUUGCCAACAUCCCACUAUUCUUCCCUAGCUGCCUGACCCUGAGCCUACAUCCUCCAUCAACGUGAGCAUCCCUUGGACGAAGAACGAGACAGAAUAUCCCUCUCCCCGUGAGUGAUGACCGUGUGUCGAAGGUCAUACAGAGCAACUAUUCGCGAGCAGAACAUGGCUGAGGAUCCUGCGCUAAAUCCGCUGCUGAAGCAUAAGCUUGAGAUUUGUGAUCAACCAAGAUUUGAGCCCGACCCAAGCUGGACCUUUUGAAGCUUCUUCGGAGCCAAGUGCGAUCGUAUGAUCGCGUAAAACUCGGGCAUGCCGGUCCACAACGAAACGAUAGCAGCAAGAAGCAUCCGCUCGUCACACAAUCUUACGAGGCUGCACCACCAUUGUUGCACAACUGGGGGGAAGUCGUGCUUUUUUACAUCCUCCGAGGAUGUGCCUGCGGCUUAGACCGACAAGGACAUGCGGCCUUCCCAGCCACUUGUAGGUAACUCGUUGACAAGGCCGUGAGGUGAAUCUAUUAGCUUAAACACCCUGGCCCUCCUGCGCUAGAAACUCUCCCUUUC